GAAAUAUAAGCGCCCCAACGGCUGUCCCUCACCUCCCUCCCUCUACCCGUUGACCCACGGCGACCUCCUCCUCCGGCCAGCCAUGUCCAAAGAGAAGUCCUGCUGCGGCAGCCUGUUCACCUUCAUCAUCGGCGUCGGCUUCGUCAUCCUCAUCUACUGGGCCAUCUUCCAGCCCCACCACAUCCGCGCCACGGUCGUCUCCGCCGCGCUCACCAACCUCACCGUGGCCGCCAACAACGCCACCGUCUCCUACCGCCUCGCCGUCACCCUCGACCUCUACAACCCCAGCCUCCGCGUCGGCAUCUACUACGACUCCCUCGAACCCGAGCUCCGCGCCCGCGGCGGCGCCUCCCUCGGCGGCCCAGCCACCUCUUCCCCGGCCGAGUUCUUGCAGCGUCGGAAGAGCCGCGACACCGUCAGCCUGGAGUUCGACGGGACCACCGGCGUUGGCGUCCCCAGCGACGUCGCCGGGCAGCUGAAGAAGGAGGCGGGCUCCGGGGCGGUGAGCUUUGAGGUGGCGGUGGAUGGGCGGGUGCGGUACAGGUUCGCCAGCAUCAAGAUUCGGCAGAAGCCCAAGAUUUGGUGCGCGCUGACGGUAAAUGUCAAGCCGGAGGGCAGCAGCAGCGGCAGCGUCGGCGGCGCCCUCGACUCCGCCCACCGCUGCAGCGUCAAGUACUGAUCGAAGCUUCGUGUGCACUUCCUCCUCUCGCUGGAGUCGUCUUGCUCGGAGAUCCCUCGGUGUCCCAGAUUCAUGUUGGUUUGAUUUCUGCAAAUAUUCGUAGUGUUCGUGGGAUGUGUUUGAUUGUUCAUUUAGGAUUGUUUCACUAUCAUUGAAUAUUGAUUACAUUCUUGAGGAUUCA